AGCGCCACGUUUAGACUACCCUGAUGUCGUGGCGCUUUAGGGGAAGAAGUUGGUGUUUCGCCGGGCCCCGGUACUGAGGACGCGGUCCGGGUGACCCCUGGCCUCUUCCUACCCACCCCUCCGCCCGCCUUUCCCCCGCUCCUCUGGCAGGAUGAGGCGUGCAGGCCUGGGUGAAGGAGUACCUCCUGGCAACUAUGGGAACUAUGGCUAUCCUAAUAGUGGGUAUAGUGCCUGUGAAGAAGAAAAUGAGAGACUCACGGAAAGUCUGAGAAACAAAGUAACUGCUAUAAAAUCUCUUUCCAUUGAAAUAGGCCAUGAAGUUAAACAUCAAAAUAAAUUAUUAGCUGAAAUGGAUUCACAGUUUGAUUCUACAACUGGAUUUCUAGGUAAAACCAUGGGAAAACUGAAGAUUUUAUCCAAAGGGAGCCAAACAAAGCUGCUGUGCUAUAUGAUGCUGUUUUCAUUGUUUGUCUUUUUUGUCAUUUAUUGGAUUAUUAAACUGAGGUGAUGCAAGUAACUGUGAGUUUGGAAUUUGUUCCAACUUAACGGCUUGGAGUACCACUUCAGUAAAAAAUCAGCAUCAAAACAUUCCUAAAUUUCAAAUAAUACUAUGGCUUUUUCCAUCAGAUUACUGAAUUUUACUUGUUUUAUAAACCACAUUAGAUAAUACAGUGCUCUUUCUUUGAAUACUGUUUC